AUGUCGCUUAGCGAGUCUUUCGGGUACUUGCCGUCGUCCUGGUUCGGGUUUGUGCAGCACUCGUUCGCUCUGCUGUGCCUGGUCGCCGUCGUCUACAAAGUCGUCGUGCUCCUGAUUCAGAGGAGGGAUGCCUUGCGAAACUUUAAGGCGUUCACGGGACCGCCGGGCCACUGGUUCUUUGGGCAUGUCCUGCAGUUAAAACAAGAUGGGACUGACUUGGACCGGAUGGUCAAAUGGGGGGAGCAGUACCCCUAUGCCUUCCCUCUGUGGUUUGGUCCCUGUGUCUGUUACAUGAACAUCCACCAUCCAGAUUAUGUGAAAAGCAUCCUGACAUCAACAGAGCCAAAAGAUGAUUAUGCUUACAAAUUCAUCAAGACCUGGAUUGGUGACGGCCUGCUGGUUUCUCACGGUCAGAAAUGGUUCCGCCACAGAAGGCUCCUGACUCCGGGUUUCCAUUACGACGUGCUGAAAUCACACCUAAAAUUAAUGUCGGAGUCAGCUAAAACCAUGUUGGACAAAUGGGAGCGUUAUUCCAGCAGCGGCGAGUCCUUCGAGCUGUUUGAACACGUCAGCCUGAUGACACUGGACACCCUCAUGAAGUGCGCGUUCAGUCGCAACAGCAACUGUCAAACCGAGAGUGGAACCAACGAGUACAUCAAAUCGGUGUACCAGCUCACCGAUUUGAUCAACCUUCGCUUUCGGACCUUUCCUUACCACAACGACCUCGUUUACUAUCUGAGUCCACACGGCUUCAGGCACAGGAGAGCCUGCAAGGUGGCUCAUAGUCAUACAGAGGAAGUGAUAAGGAAGAGAAAAGAAGCCCUGAAGGAAGAGAAGGAGCCGGAGCGUAUCCGGACUAAAAGGACGUUGGACUUUCUAGACAUUCUGCUCUUGGCAAGAGAUGAGAACAAGCAGGGGCUUUCGGAUGAAGACAUCCGAGCCGAGGUGGACACCUUCAUGUUUGAAGGCCACGACACCACCGCCAGUGGCAUCUCCUUCAUCCUCCACACCCUCGCCUGCCACCCGGAACACCAGAACAAGUGCCGGGAGGAGAUCGCCCAAGUCCUGGACGGCAAAGACAACAUGGAGUGGGAGGAUCUGAGCAAGAUGCCGUACACCACCAUGUGCAUCAAAGAAUCGCUGCGGCUGUUCCCGCCUGUGCCGGGAAUGGCGCGAAAACUCACCAAACCCAUCACUUUUGUGGAUGGAAGGACUAUGCCGGCAGGUUCUCUCGUCGGGACGAGUGUGUAUGCGCUCCACAGGAAUGCCACAGUCUGGGAAAACCCAAAUAUGUUUGACCCACUUCGCUUCCUGCCGGAGAACUCUUCCGAAAGGUCACCGCAUGCUUUUGUGCCCUUCUCUGCUGGCCCCAGGAACUGCAUCGGUCAGAACUUUGCCAUGAACGAGCUGAAAGUGGUGGUGGCUUUAACUCUGAGGAGGUACCAGCUGAUGGAGGACCCCACGAGGAAGCCCAAGAUCAUUCCUCGACUGGUGCUUCGCUCGCUCAACGGCAUCCACAUAAGGAUCAAAGCUCUGGAUACCUGAGUCCGUCUUGUCAGUGAUAUUUUAGUCCUUAUAUUCACCACUAUGGCUGCAGAAUUGUACCCCCCCCCCCCCCACCACGUCUUGUUUUUAACAAACAACAAUAACGGCCAGUAAAGACAAAUACGAUUCUGAAUAAUAAUGUAGGACAUUUAUUUGGGAUAUGAAUAAGAAAACCUUUAAAUUACACUGCCACUGGUGUGAACAUUUUAAAUUUCAGCUAACGUGGUUACUGAGUGGCCAAGUAAGUUCAAUGGUCGCCUGACAGGUGGUCAAUGUUUACCAAACAUGAGUUGGAAAUUUCUUUCCACAUGAGACGCGUCGCCAGUUUUGAAUUCAGGAAAGUAAAACCGUCACAUUUAUCAUGAUUUGGCAGAAAUCCAAAGUUAACACCAUAUGCUUGUGCGGACUUUCAAAUGAUGUCAAUUUGUAGUAGGGCUGUCGCUACUGAAAAAUGUAAUUUCAUGACAUGUUCUUCUAUUAAAUUGAGAAAGCUUCUUUUGAUUUAUUUCAGUUUAAAUGUCCUUAAAUCUUUUGUUGGUAACUGUGUUGAAAUGUUGGCAAUGUAUCUUCUUCCAGUAAUUUUAAAAAGCUGUUUUUGCUUUGCCUUUUAAUGUUGUCAGCCGAUCAAUGUGUCAAAACAUUUCAGUGUUGUGCUCUUGGUUGUGUGAAGCCCAUUGAGAUGUCUUGUGUAUGUAAUGUGCUAAAAAAAAAAGUUGCCUGCCUUCCUUUCAUGAAA